GCAUCUCAGAACAAACACAAACCAGCUGCUGUUGAACUGCAGAAUCCUGAACGCAAGCAGUAACCGGAGGCCACACGAUGGCAGUGUCCGCCCGAAGCAGCUAUCGCCCGGCUACGGACAAACUCUCGCGGUGUCUCACGAUAACGUGCAACUAUCGCGGCCUAGCUGGGCAGGAGAAGCCUCGGGCUGGAAUAAUGUCUGGUUCGGAAGAGAGGAAGACGCUCCUGGUGCGACACAUUCCUUCAGAGCUAACUCCGGAGGAACAGAGGCAACUGCUUGAGAAGAGCGGGGCGCAAAGUGUGCGCCUGGGAGCCGGGCGGAAUUAUAAGCUGAGAACUACUGCAUUCGCUACCUAUCCAAAUGAAUUUGCAGCAGCAAAGGCUCUGUCUGUACUUCACCAACUUACCAUCUUGGGGCACACUCUCGUGGUUGAAUAUGCUAAAGAAAAUCACAUUCACUUAUCAGACCAGCCUCCUUUCUCUGAAAAAAAGAAAAGUGCAGAGAACAAAGAUGAUGCGAAAGACAAGACUCCUCCGGAUCAGAUAUCUAUCGAAAGAGGAAUAGCCCCAAAUCAUGGACUUCUCUUUCCAAUAAAGUCCAGUCUAAAGUAUCUGUAUCCUCCACCAAGCAGCACUAUUCUGGCAAAUAUUGCCAAUGCUUUGGCAAGUGUUCCAAAGUUCUAUGUUCAGGUGUUGCAUUUAAUGAAUAAACUGAAUUUACCAGCUCCUUUUGGACCACUAACAGCUCAGCCUCCAGUAUAUGCAGACUAUUUAGCACUACCUAUGCCAUACCCACCUGUGCCACCAGACCUUCCUGAAAACCCCCCUUUGCCAGAGCUCGAUGAUGAUUAUGACAUGGAGGUGUCCAGCAGGGAAGAGUCGGAAUAUGAGAGUGGGGAAGAGGAGGAUAAAGAGAGAAUGGCUCGUCUGAAGGAAAUAGCAACUUUGCUGCCUAAGAGAAAAAAUCAAAAGAAGCAAAGCCAGCCACGAAAAAAGAAAAAGUUAAAAGAUUAUAUUACUGUGCCUGCUGUGCCUCAUAGCAAUGUUCACACACCAUUACAGCCUUCUGAUGUAUUUGAAGAACCAUGUAUUAUGGGCCCAAAAAAACUGGAACUGCAUAUUCCUACUGACAUUCUAACAGCUACUCAGGAGCCAGAAAAAGAAGUUGAAAUAAGUGAAGAUUUAUCUGGGUUUGGCAAGAUUUACCCAGCCCAAGCUCCAGACAUUGAUGACAAUGAGGAGGAAGAAGAUGAUGAUUUGCCUAAGGAAUUUAUUUCUAGGAGAGCGCUCGAAAAAGGAAGAAUUACUAAAGAAGAAAUGAGGAAAACGUCUGUUUUCAAAAACUAUGAACCAGGCGAACCAAACUGCAGACUGUAUGUAAAAAACCUCUCCAAGCAGGCUGAAGAAAAGGAUCUUAAGUUUAUCUUUGGAAGGUUCAUCGACUUCUCAUCUGAAACAGAAAAGAAUAUGUUUGAUAUUCGUCUGAUGAAAGAAGGGAGGAUGAAGGGCCAAGCUUUCAUAGGAUUUCCCACUGAAGAUGUAGCAGCACAGGCGUUGAAACACGUGCAUGGAUAUGUACUCCAUGACAAGCCAAUGGUGAUUCAAUUCGCUCGAUCUGCUCGUCCAAAGCCCGAAGCCUCUAAAACAACAAAGAAGAAAUAGAGAGGAAGAUGGCCGAGUAACUGCUGUUAAGCUUGAAAAGUGUAUCCUUUAUUGUUGUAUCCUUUAUGUAUUUAUUGUUAGUGCUAAAAUGGUGCAAACAUUGGAGAAGGCAAAAUGGCUGUGCUGAUCAUGAAACAUGAUAUAAUAAAAAGGUUAAGUGCAGAACCUAACCACUGUCAUAUCUUACCCAUGUAUAGGAAAUAUUUUCAUCAAUAUUUACUUUCUGGUAAUACUCUACAUUUAUUUUUUAUUUAAAGAGAGACUGGAAUAUGAAUAGAAGAGACACUGAAUUACAAGUUAAGCAAUAAAAAGUAACAAUUAUAAUAACAUUUUAGUCACAUUUGGCAACCGGGGUCACUGACCCCCACUUCAAAGCUUGAAAUAGACAGAAGAGGACAAAUAGUACAUAAAUUGUAAAUAAUAAUAAUAAAGACCAAUUGCAACGUUUCUAGGAAUAGGAGAUUCUGUAACAUUCUAACAGUUACCUUAAAGGUGAACAACCCCUUAAAGUGUUAAUUGCUUUUAGAGAUAUACUAUUUAUCUUCCAUUCAUUUGAGAAGGCAUAAGGUCAUAUUAAAAGCACAGCGGUAUUCAUCAUACAGCAGAGGUAGGGGCAUAUACAUGAUUAUACCUGCUGCUGAGUUCUAGCAUCUUGUAUGCAUAUUGGACAGUUGCUGUUAUAUUUAACCAAAGGUUGGAUGCAGCCAUUUAAGUUCUAUAUGGUAAGUUUGUGUGUUUAUUACUGUAAAACAUGUAUUUUAGUAUGCUGCCUUUACAUGAUUCCCUUCCAAAACAGCAAUGUUAUUAAAAAAAAAGGUUUAUUAAUUUCACUCAAAAGCCCCCAGUUCUCAUUUAGAAAAACAGUAGCAGUAGCUGGUAGGUUUUUAGAUGAUGAAGCUUACACUAUUACCUUUUAGGACAAAAAUUAAUUUUUUCACUUAUUGCUAUUUGCAGUCUGAAACCCUGAUGCUUGAAAAUGAUACCAGCCCUGAAUAUGGCUGACAGCCUUACUUUAAUCAUGUGCAAAAAUCAACAUUAAAUAUUUAUAUUUUUAAAUAAGUUAAAUAUAUAUGACUUUUUCAUUAGUGUUCUUUUUCUCCAUAGUGUAAUUUUUAAUUAUCAUGCUAAAAUGGAACUUAAAUGUUAAUUUCCAGGCUUUGUUUAAGGAUUCUAGGGAACUAUAUAAAUCCUGUUUACAGUAGAACCCCAAUUUUACAUUUCCCAGAGGGAAAACCUAAAAUCCAUGGAAAAACAAAACACAGCUUGUCUGUAUGGGACCACAAAAAACAUUGUAAUAUCCGGAAAAACUUAAAAUCAGGGGUCUACGGUAUUUAAAAAUUGGAAAUACAGGAAAAAAAUGUACUAAGUUACAAAAUUGAACUCUGAUUGUCUUCCUAGUGGCGGCACAUUUUAAGGCAAAUGCAUUCAUCUCUGAAGGUGGCUUUAAAGAAUGCAAACACUUGAACCUCUAUUUGUAUUCCAGGUAAAGCUCAUCAAGAGGAACAGCAUAUUUACUGCAGACAUGUAACACUGAAAAAUGUCUAUUUAUGAAAUGCCUGUCUUCUGGAAUGUACAUAUUUUGUGACAUUUUUUACAGUGUAAAUAAAUUUUAUUUUUCAAGAUAA